AUGACGAGCGAAGAACCAACGGAAGUUAUCAAUCUAGAACCGUCCGCGAUUAUUGGAUUCGAUGGUCACGUUGUGUGUGGUCUCAGAGUACACCCAGAUCAACGCCACCUGGUAUUUCCACUAGGAAAUGAAAUUUCGAUCUAUGAACUUGCCACCACCAAGCAGUCCUUCUUACGAGGACAUACGAACACCAUCUCCACGCUGGACAUCUCCACCAGCGGGCGCAUGGUUGCAUCCGGGCAAUCAAACCACAUGGGCUUCCGGGCAUUCGUGAUCGUGUGGGAUUGGGAAACACGCAAAGAAAUUUCACGCCACGAAUUACAUCGGGUGCGCGUUCAAUCGCUUUGCUUUUCCUCCAAUGAUCAAUUUUUAGUCAGUCUCGGAGGCAAGGAUUGCGGUUCGAUUAUUGUCUGGGACAUUGAGCAGCGUACGGCUAUCUGCGGCACGAUCGCUACCAAAGAAACAACCGGAGAAGCGACAAAAGUAGCCAGCCUCAACAAACGCUUCACAACAUUCGUUUCCGGAGGAGAUCAAAAUUUACGUGUAUGGAACAUAGACCGCGAACGAAAGCGCCUGACAGUGCAAGACGUUGCUGUAGGGAAACUGCGUCGGGAGUUUACCGGUAUGCGUAUAUCUCCCAACGACGACACACUCUACGUGGGCACGAUGAGUGGCGAUAUCGUGAAGAUAAAUCUUAAUUGCAACCCAAACCCGAAUAAUCCGUCGCAGGACAAAAUGCCAGUGCUGCUGGGAUGCUUCGGCAAGCACAACGCCAAGAGACCGACAGGAAGAGACUGCGAAAAGUAUCACUACGGCGUAAGAGAUCUGCUGCUGCUGCCAGAUGGAAAACUAAUCAUUGGAGCAGGCGAUGGUACGAUCGAUAUGGUACAAGAGCGCAGCGGAAACUUUAAGAAUUACCCCGGUCCAACAUGGCCUGUGCUAAAAUCGCUUCAAUCAACCAAAAUCGAUGGAGUUGUAACGUCAUUACAAAUUUUUGAUCGGAAAACUCUACUAAUCGGAACGAACGGUUGCGAGAUUUACUCGCUAGAGCUGAACAGCUUUACAUCCAGUCUUAGACUGCUCAAAACCUGCCACACAAAUGCAGUCUACGACAUAGCGUUUCCUUACAAUUUUUCGUUGGUUUUUGCUACAGCCAGCCACGAGUCGAUCCGCAUGUGGUCAACAUCAAAAAUGCAAGAGCUGCUACGGAUCGUUGUGCCGAAUUUUGCCUCCUCAUCAAUCGUUUUCAGCCGCGAUGGAAAGAGCAUUAUUUCCGCCUGGAACGAUGGUGUGAUUCGAGCCUUCACACCGCUCACUGGCAAGCUGAUCUAUGCCAUCCCCAAUGCCCACAACAAAGGCUGUUCGUCGGUGGCCGUCACCAGCAACGGAAAAAUAGUAGUAAGCGGAGGCAUCGAGGGACAGGUGCGUGUCUGGAAAAUAGAUCCAUACGUGCAGAGCCUCAUUGGCGUGCUGAAGGAACAUUACGGUCCAAUUGAGUCGGUGCACAUAAACAACUACGAUACAGAAGUGGUAUCCGCUUCGCGGGAUGGAUCGUGCGUGAUUUGGGAUCUUAUUCGUCUGACCCGCAAACAUGUGAUCUUUGCACACACGCAAUUCAUUGCCGCCCAGUACUUCCCUACGGGGGUGCAGAUUCUUACAGCUGGAUCUGACAAAUUAAUCGGUUACUGGGAGGCAUACGAUGGAAGCUUAGUGCGUGAAGUGGAAGGAUCCAAGUCGGGACCGAUCAACGCUAUCGACAUGAACAUGAUGGGGGAGUAUUUCGUGUCGGCUGGAACGGACCAAAUUGUGCGACUGUGGAACUAUCAGCUCGGUAUGGAGGUUGCACUUGGUAUUGGCCAUGCCAGUGCCAUCACGUCCGCUCGUUACAGUCCGAAUGGGAAAUUUUUAGUGACCGGUUCUAACGAUGGUGGUAUUUUUGUUUGGAAAGUGCCUGAGAAAUUCCAUAUAAAAAUACCCGACGAAGCUUUGACGUCAACGAAUGAUGCAGAAACUCCGAAGCCACCAGCUACGGCAACGAACAAAUCAGUCACCGGCAGUUCUUCACAAGCUGGAGGUUCACGCUCGAGCUCUCGAAAAGCUACGCCCUCAACUCCAGGAGCACGUGCAGGAGCUGCCGCUGGAAACUCUCGCAACGGUGUAGAAAACGUUCGUUUACAUGCUUCGGGACGUUCUACGCGAUCGAGCCAGAUCGCCGAAUGUCCUGCAAUAGAUCCGAAUGCACAACCUACCAUCGAUCCGUGUGUUGACACAGCUUCACUGGCAGAUGGCGAUCAGGAUCAGUGGGAGACGCGUUCGCUGCACUCUAACGGAGGUCAGAACCGACUUUCGGAUGAAUCACCGUUUGCCGAGAGAGAUAUCAACGUUGGGGGAAAGGAUAUGAAAUCGAAUGAGCAGCGCAAACCCACAAAUCCAUAAGCAAAGGAACAGAGUUUAGACAGACUGAUUGUAAACACACCGUAGUAUAUAUUUAACUACUAAACUCUCUAUAUAUUUAACCACUAAAUGUAUAGCGUGAAGAUUUGGGUUUCAAACAAAGCAUUCCCGCCGUGUCACAUU